UAAUAUGUACUUGAAAACCACGUUUCUUUCUCACCCAAGUUUGUAAAGUGUAUGCUAAUUCUGUGUGUGUAUAUAUAUGGAAGUGGUCCCAGUUACCUCUGCAAGCUUAUUAGUUCUUUGGCAACUGGAAACAUACCUUCAGGUUCCUUAAACAGAAGAAAACCAGAGUACUGGCGAUUUCCACCAAGAAAUUUUAGAUUCCGUUUGAUUCCAGCUUCUGGACAAUGAACCAGUCAAGAUCUACAUUUACUGAAGGAAUUGUUUGUUCCAUAACAUGUUCAUUGUUUUAAUCGUAUUGUUUAUGUCAAGGUGAAAUUGAAGUCUCCCUACUAUUCACCAUUUGGAGUAGUUGUGAAACUGCUGCAAUUGCUGUCAUGUCUCUCUUGUCAAAAUUACGCUGUAUCACUGUGGAUGUCACUGGUACACUCAUCGCUUACAAAGGUGAGCUUGGUGACUAUUACUGCAUGGCAGCAAAAUCUGUUGGACUUCCUUGCCCUGACUACAAACGUGUGCAUGAGGGCUUCAAACUGGCGUAUACAGAGAUGGCCAAAAAGUAUCCAUGUUUUGGGCAUGCAGCUAAAAUGCCUAAUAUUGUCUGGUGGAAAAUAGUUGUCAGAAAUUCCUUCAUGAAGGCUGGAUAUGAUUAUGACGAAGAGACUUUUGAGAAGAUCUUUAGGCGUGUUUAUGCAUCAUUUGGUUCAUCUGCACCUUAUAGCAUCUUCCCAGACUCGCAACCUUUCCUAAGAUGGGCACGGGAGAAGGGUCUUCUAGUUGGGAUUGUAAGUAAUGCAGAAUACCGGUAUCAUGAUGUGAUCCUUCCAGCCUUGGGAUUGAAUCAGGGAUCAGAGUGGGACUUUGGUGUGUUCUCUGGUCUUGAUGGUGUAGAGAAACCAGAUCCAAGGAUGUACAAAAUUGCCCUUGAGAAGGCUGGAAAUGUUGCACCAGAAGAAGCUUUGCACAUUGGGGAUAGCAUGCGCAAAGACUAUUUGCCGGCCAAGAGUGUAGGAAUGCAUGCAUUACUAUUGGAUAGGUUCAAGACUCCUGAUGCUGAGGAGUGGAGAAAAUCUGGUGCAACCGUACUUCCUGACUUGGUAUCAGUACAAGAAUUGCUCUCCUUAGGGACAUUGACAUGCUAAGUGGCUUACUUCUUUCUCAAAAAAGCUGCGGUUAUAUGCAAUUUUCCCCCUCUUUUGAUAAAUGAAUAAUAAUAGUAUUAUGAUA